CGCCGUCGUCGUCGUCGUCGUCGUUGUCGUCGCUGGGUGGCGGCGAGAGCACAACCCCAGUGUGCAGUCCGCAUACCUACAAGCGAACAAACGCACAGGGAAAUCUCGAUCGUUGUCGUCGUGGUCGUCGUGGUCGUCGUCGCACGGUGGUGUUGUGUUGUGUGGUUGUACGGUGCUGCGUUGUGUCAUUGCGUCACGGCGCUCGGUGCUUGAUUCGGCGCGGGGCCCCACAAUCGCCACAAUUGUCGCGGAACGCGCGCACCAUCCCGUGCGUGUGUGUCGUCGUCGUGUUUGUGCCGUAUCUUUCUGGAACGGGAAGGCAUAUUGAUAAGGCGCCCCUCUACCCGUCCUCCCCCGCCAUACGACCGCGAGUGCAACCGUCUCGUACUGCAAGGGGGAGAGUGUGCCCCUUGAACAGAAGGGUGUGCUUCACAAAAACCACGAGAAAGGGAAGGAGUGCGCAAACAGAGACAACCACCGACCGUCGCACAGGAUCUCGCAGUGUGUGUUGGUGUGUGUGUUUCUGUGUUGGAGAGGGUUAGUUCUGUUGCGGGGUAGCGGGAAUCGGGGUGCGCAGCCGGACGGCAAAUCAUCGCACACCACACACCCCGUGCGCCAGUGUGUCGCGCACAUAAUCUCUAGGCGGCCAGACAGCAUCGCGUAUCCGCGUACGAACACUGACGCGAAGUGAGAGCACGACGACGACGACGACGACGGUGCUGCUGCUGCUGCUGUUGCACCCAGCACGAGGCUACGACGGCCGCAGACGAUCGUGCGCGCUCCGAACCGUCGAACCGUCCCCGCACGCGCGCGCGUUGCGGGUGUCUGUGGUAGUAGUCCCCGUCCCGGCCCGGCAUGAUGAUGCAGUUUUUGCCUCUUACAGAAUGUGUACCACUGCUCGCGAGCCAAUAUGCUGCAACGACCAAAAUGUCUAACGCCGGAAUAGAGUACAGCGAGCUGAACGACCGAACGAAAGGUAAGGGCGUGGGCGGUGCAGGCGCGGGAAGGAGGGAUGCUUCCGAGCAAAACUUGUGUUGUGCUGUAACUGCCCCUGCAGCGGUGUCGGUGUGCGGAAGGUGUGCUGUGUUUGUGCCGUUGUCGGUAGUCGGGGAGGGCCCUCGGACGCUCGGACUUGUGGGCGAUAAGAAUAUCUUUCCCCCAUCAGACCGGUGGGAGGGGGGAGACGUACGAUGCUCUAUCGCAGCAUAUAUAUAGAGGGUGUUGUUAUGUCGGUGUGAUGUUGGUGAUCGCGCACAAUCUUGCCUUUGGUGUUCUCGAAGGAAGCCACGACAGCCCGAGCCAUACGUCCGAUACGGCGUAUGAAUCAUGCCUGAGUCCCCUGCAGCCGAACGAUAGCGGCAGCUUCAGCGCAAUCAAUGUGUGCGCUAUCUGCUGCGAUCGUGCGACGGGCAAACACUACGGUGCCGCCUCGUGCGAUGGAUGUAAGGGCUUUUUCCGCCGGAGCGUAAGGAAAAACCAUACCUACUCCUGCAGAUUCUCACGCAACUGCGUGGUGGACAAAGACAAGCGCAACCAGUGUCGGUACUGUCGGCUGAAGAAAUGCUUCAAAGCGGGCAUGAAAAAGGAGGCGGUCCAGAACGAGCGGGACCGCAUCAGCUGCCGCAAGCCGAGCACGGACGAUAAGAACACCAUCAACGGGCUGUCGGUGAAGUUUCUGCUGCGGGCGGAAAACUUUAGCCGCCACUUCGGCGCGGCGCUGGACGAAACGAACGACGCGGAGGAGGCCGACCUGUCGUCGAAGCGGUUCGCCAGCAUCAACGACGUGUGCGACUCGAUGAAGCAGCAGCUGCUGAUACUGGUCGAGUGGGCCAAAUCGAUACCGGCCUUCGCCGAGCUGCAGCUGGACGACCAGGUCGCGCUGCUGCGGGCGCACGCGGGCGAGCAUCUGCUGCUCGGGCUGUCCCGCCGGUCGAUGCACCUGCAGGACAUGCUGCUGCUCGGGAACAACUGCAUCAUCACCAAGCAGUGCCCGGAUGCGAACAUGUCGCCCAACCUGGACAUCUCCCGCAUCGGGGCCCGCAUCAUCGACGAGCUCGUCAGUGCCAUGAAGGAGAUACAGAUCGACGAUUCCGAGCUGGCGUGCAUCAAGGCGCUGGUAUUCUUCGAUCCAAGUGCGAAAGGAUUGAACGAACCUGCCAAGAUCAAAUCGCUCCGGCACCAGGUGCUAAACAAUCUCGAGGACUACAUCUCGGACAAGCUGUACGAUUCGAGAGGAAGGUUCGGAGAGAUUCUGCUGCUACUGCCAGUGCUCCAGUCGAUCACGUGGCAGAUGAUACAGCAAAUCGAGCUUGCCAAAAUGUUCGGCGUCGCGCACAUCGAUAGCUUGCUGCAGGAAAUGUUGCUCGGAGGCGACACUAUCGAUACCUCGUCGACGAUCACCUCACCGAUAAACAUGAUGAACACCAACAACAGCCCAUCCGAUUCGUGUGAUACGACGCACCUCGCGCCAUCGAUCGGGGGCCCACCGGUGGACCACGAGGGGGCGGACCCGCUAGUACAAAUGUCAUCGCUGAACGGACCGCCCGGCUACGGUGGCGAUCCGGACGGUCUGCUCAUGGACACGGUACCGAGCGCCAACAGCUACUGUACGCGCAAGGCGCCCGAUCAGACCACGCCGGAUGCGCUCAAUGGGCAGCUGCACGGUCCAAGGAAUGGUGCCGGUGGUGGUGGUGGUAGUAGUGGUACCGUACCUGCGGACGUCGGAUACAUGCAGCAACAGCAGCAGCACCAACAAAACCAUCAAGUACAAGCGCAGCAGCAGCAGCAGCAGCAGCGUCAUAUUACGGGCAGCUCGCCGGAUGGCACCGUUACGGUAGCGGACAUAUACUUCCAUGCGCCCACGAGUGUCCACGGCCCGUCCUCGUCGCUGCAACUGGACAGCGACGUCGCCAUGUUCAACAACAACAAUCUGAGCUGCUGCCCGGGCGAGAUGACGCACGCGCCGGACAAGGGCUGCGAGAUGGUGAAGAUCGAGACGAAGCGCGAGCCGGAAAAUGCCUAAUUCCAAAACCCACCCACAUCCCUCUUGCCAUUCGCAACUGUGUGCGUGAAUGUGUGUGUGCGUGUGUGUGUGUGUGUGUGAGACAGAGAGAGAGAGAGAGGGAGAGUGUAUGUGCGUAUAGUUUAAUCAUUUUCGGGGGGAUGAAAGCAAACCAGAGAAUGGUUGAGGGUGAAUGUGCAAUUGUAAGCAGAAGGCUAGAGCAGAACCAAGAUAGUGCUGCAGAAGCAGCAGCAAGAUUGAUAUUCACGACGACGGUGCACGAGAAGCGGGCAAACAGUUUAGGAAAGGGUUUUUUUUUUUUGUUUCUUUGUUUUGGUUUGCGUUGAUCGUGUGUGUGCGUGGUUUUUUUUACAUUAUACUCUCCGUUUUGUUACGGCAGGUUUUUGUUUUGUUUUUGUUUGGUUAGAUUUCCUUACGGUACGGUUAUGGGGCGGGUGACAAAGUGGUGACAGGGCGCUAGGCUUUUCUCCACGAUCGUCGCCGGUUGCUCUCGCGAUCGGUUGCGAUUUGACUGCAAAACAAACAAUACUGGUUGGUACUGUGCUUUCUGUUUUGGGGUUUCUUUCAAUGAAAAUGUUCAACGAAUGACUGGAGUAGGCAAGAAACAAAAAAAAAACAAGCAAACACGCCCGUGUUUGAAGCUAUAUAAGUAUAAUGAUGCUAGGGGCUAGUUAAGUAACCAAGUCAAAGUCAGACUCAUUCUGUUAGGUAGGUUUUUUUUCUUUUUUUUCUCUCUCUCUCUCUCCUGUACAUAGAUUUACAACCGGUGGUGUGUGCACAUUCGGGAAGGUGAUUGUUAUACUCUUUGCGUAGUUUAGGUAGUCUCCCAUCCCCACCCAACCCUUACCUCCCUUUUCACUCAUCCCCUUCGCGCUACGGGAUAGCGCGUGUUGCCCGUUUUUCUCCCCCUCUCGCAUCGCCCGAGCUAAGGAAACGUGUUCUAUAUACUACGUGACUUUGUUAUACUUCUUCUGUUUUCUGGGACGCAAAAGUGCAAAUAAAAAAAAAACGACUGUUAUUGUCUCUGUUUCCAUAUUGGUGGCCAGCAGUGGUGCGUGGUGCUGUGCUUUAAAACAAGGAAA